CUGACUGAGACUCAGAAACUCUGAAGCUGCCUAUCAACAAAAACCAAAGCAGUGCCAAGACCAAGGCUGUCACACUCGCUCUUGUACCCGUGAGGCUUCACCCGGAGAAGAAGGCACUCUGCUAUGCUGAGGCCCAAGGAUCUGUGCCAGGGCUCUGGCACUAAGACCUUCCUGGAUGCCAUGAACAACGGCAAGGUGCACCUGGCCCGCUUUGUGCUGGAUGCCCUGGAUGGGCGGAUCAUCAACUCAAAGACAGAGAGCAGCCGCACACCACUAAUGUUCGCAGUGUGCCUCCAGGAUCAUGGCACCAGGUCCAAAUUCACCCAUCUGCUCCUAGAGAAAGGAGCAGAUGUUAACAGUCGAGAUGAGCAUGGACGCACGGCCCUCAGCCUGGCCUGCGAGCUGGGUCACCUGGAUGCUGUUAAGAUCUUGGUGCAGUUCAACGCCGACCCUGAGAUCACCGACAGCUGGGACAACACCGCCCUGAUGUAUGCUGCCUACGGAGGGCACAGCCAGGUCCUGGAGUUUCUGAUCAGGGCUUUCAAGAGGCUUGGGUUGAAGCUGGACCGCACAAACCAUGCAGGGCACUCUGCCAUCCAGGUAGCCGACUACUUAGGACAUAUCCAGUGUGUUCAGGUGCUCAGCGGUGUGGGGAAGAAGGGGGUGAGUUCCAUCGAGCAAGCUGAAGAAAAAGAUGGGGAAGUGCAAGGAGAAACUCCCCAGCCCAAUCGUCUCCCGAAGCAAAUCCUGGAGCGAUUCUCAAAGCAGUUCCAUGGCAAGAAUGAAGAACCACUGCCAGCUCUGUUUCAGAAGCAGAUGUGGAUUGGGGAUAGUAACAAUGAAAAGAGGCGCUUCAGUCAGCAGCAGUCACCUGACAGAACAAACCCAAGCUACCACCAAAGUUUGAGCAGAUUCUCAGAGAGCCAGUUCACAGAGGAUGACCAGCAUACCCUCUUCACCUCAAAACAGAUCCAGAACUCUGCUCUAAGAGAGGUUGGUACCACAAGGAAGCUUAACUUCAACUCUCAGAAAGUGGAUGACAAGGAUGAUAUGCGGGAAAACACACCCAUGUGGGGGAAAGCAAAGUCAUUUAACUUGGACCUCAGGACAGGUAGAAAACAGUCCUACCAGGGAGACAUGCGAGACAUGAGCCAGACAGCCAGCAAACUCAAACGAGCCUCACUUCAGGAUGACAAAGCUCUCAUUGCCAAGUUUCCCUGCCACAGCAGCACUUCCUCAAAGGCAACAUACUUUGAGAAACUAACCAAACCGUCGACAGAACUUCAAAAUGGAGGUGAAGACAGAGACUUAAAGCGAGGCACUGCCAGCAAAUCUGGAAGGCACAACAAGCUGCUCUUGGGUAGAGAGGAAAUUGCACCAGAGAGAAUUAAAGCUCGGCCUCAGGGUUUUGGUGGACUUGGGACCAGGCUGCUGCGACGGUUCACAGCACCUGAGUUCAUGAGGUUGGUCAGGGACUGCCCCUCUGCCACGGGCUCAAGCAAAGGGAAGAUUGCUCGAUCAGAGACAUUCCCUCUCUCACACACCCAUAAGAUGGUCAACAGCCAGCCCAGUGUUGACAGCAUCAGCGGUGUGAGGUGCGAGUUUGAGGGUAGUCCUCCUGUGAGUCGUCCUACUCCACACUGAAGUCAUUUUAGUGGCCAUUGGGUAGCAAUAACCCAAAAACAGUUCUACAGGGAUCACUUGCAGGGAUGUCAUUUGAAGGCACUUGUUUCGAGCUACAUUAGGCAGUUAUCAAAAAGGUAAAACCUGCUGUGUAGUUGUGAAGUUGCCUAGGUUACCAGUAUAUAUGAACUUGAAUAUAAUGAAUAUGUAACAAUAUGUACAUUUGUCAGUUGUGUGUGAGUAUGUACAUGCAUUAGUGUCUGCUUCAAUUUCCUGAAGUCAGACUGAAAGAUUUUUUAAAGCACUUUUAUGCCACAGGUUUACAUAAAGUUAUCUAAAACUUAGUGUUUGCUUUGGUUUUUAGAAGGCAGACUUAAUUAUUUGUGUAUUUAUAUAUUUAUUUACAAUUUCAUGACCCAGGCUUAUGUAAGAUAAGUUGUCUAAUCCUUUGUGUUUUUAAUAGUUUUGCGCCAUAGGUAAGAAAAGUGUCUAAUGUAAAAUUGUCUAAACCUUCUAACUGCUAUUUCUAAUCAUUUAUGUUAUGAUAUCUAUUCAUGUAAUUUACUGAGUUCUUGUAAUUAAUGCAAUUUACACUCCUUACUCUUUACAAGAUUUCUGUAAAAUCAAGGCUUUAAAUGUGCUGAUAUACUGCAUUGUAUAUAUUACUGUUUUAUGUAUGUAUGUUAUGUAUUAUGCUUAAUUUGUUUGCAGAUAAGAGAAAUAUUGUGUGUAAAAUGAACUCCAAACCUUGUGAAAUUCAACUGUGGAACCAACAUGCAGCAAGCAUAAGUGCAUAGUUGUGAUCCUGUGAAGCUUUGCUUUGCAUAUUUAACUAUGCAUAUUGCGAAUGUCAAUCAUUUCUAUUCUGUAAAUAAAAGUUAAACACAUAUUCAGUA